AUGCCUUCCUACGUUGUUACAGGAGCUUCUCGUGGAAUAGGAUUCGAAUUCAUCCGCCAACUUUCGGAAGACCCGAACGCCACCGUAAUUGGUCUUGCUCGUGACAAGGAGUCGACAAUGACGAAGAUAACACAAGAGAUCCGUAAAUCAAACAUCCAUAUCAUUCAAGCAGACUUGAAAGACCACAACUCAUUAAAAGAAGCUGCGGAGCAAACUGCCCAAAUCACUGGAGGUGGCUUGGAUUAUCUGAUCGCCAAUGCGGCAUACUUCUCCACAAAAGCCGGAUUCAUCACGGUUUCCGAUCUCUUUGAGGUCAAUGUCAUUGGCAACAUUCAGCUUUUCAACGCUUUCUUGCCCUCUAUCCUGAAAGGUCAAGUGAAAAAGGUCAUAACGAUUGGCUCACUAAAUGCAGAUACAGAGAUAACUGCCAAAUAUGAUCUGGCGACAUGCGUGCCCUACUCGAUCAGCAAAGCUGCGCUAAAUAUGGCGGUUGCAAAGUACAGUGCCGAAUACCGCGAGAAAGGUGUCCUUUUUAUGAGUGUUGCACCUGGGUCCACAGAGACGUUCACCUCUGCCAACAUGUCUGAGAAAGAACAAGCGAAAUUGAUGAUCGACAUGCAGCGCUUGAUGGCUCAUGCACCACAUUUCACUGGCCUAGCAAAGCCUGCCAAGUCGGUGGCCCUUGUCAGAAAGGUCAUUGAGAAUUCCAGCAUCGAAAAAGGCGAUGGUGGCUCCUGGGUUUCUCAGUUUGGAAAUAAACAGUGGCAAUAG